AUGUCUUUCCCACCUGCGGCCCCGGCCCAGCAACCCCAACCGCUGCAACCACGGCCCAAAAUCUUGGACUUCAUCACCGGCAACGCCAACAAACUGGCCGAAGUGCGCGCGAUCCUCGGCGACGUGCCCGGCCUGGAUCUGCAGAGCCGCAAUGUCGAUGGUUUCGAGAUCCAGGGCACCAUUGAGGAGAUCGCAAGGGAUAAGGCCUCGAGGGCCGCGAGCGCGGUGAACGGCCCAGUCCUGACGGAAGACACGGCGCUGGAGUUUCAGGCCCUCAAAGGUCUACCAGGACCCUAUAUCAAGUACUUUCUCCAGGCCCUCGGUCACGACGGGCUCAACAAGAUGCUCGCCGCAUAUGAGGACAAGACCGCCUUCGCGGUAUGUACAUUCGCGUACUGCGCGGGACCUGGCUCCGACCCAAUUCUAUUCCAAGGCCGGUGUCAGGGAAAGAUCGUUCCGCCCAGGGGGCCGCCUGUCUUUGCAGGCUGGGAUGCUGUCUUUGAGUUUGAAGACGGCCAGACUUAUGCUGAGAUGGAGAAGGAGAAGAAGAACUUGAUAUCGCAUCGAGGAAAGGCUCUGGCUAAGCUGAAAGCCUGGCUUGCUGGUGGCGAGCUGGAGCCGUAG